CUCCUGAAAUGAAUUUAACCUCACUUCUUCUGGUUCUUGUUCUAUGGAUAAUCCACAGGAAUCAGGAUUUCAAAUGUUAUUACUUUGUUACAAGUUUAUAGAAUAUUUUUAUAAUUCUCAAUAAAAAAAUUAAAAUGGAUGUUGAAACAGAAAUUUUAAUACCAAAUAAAUUGUGUGAAAGAGCCGGUAUUUCCUUAGCAUGGAAACCAUUUAAUGAAAUGGGUAUUUUCGCAUAUGAAAGAAAACAUUCAGGAGCUCCAGAUAAGCAUAGUCAACACUAUCCAACAUCAGAAGCUUCAGUAUUUCAAAUUCGACAUGAUGUAAUUUUAUUCAGACCAGUCCUUCGAAAACUCGUCAAUGAAUCCAAUGGCACCUUUUUGAAUCUUCAAGGAGUAGUAUUAAGUAAUUCAUUCAAUCCUCAAGAAGAUUUACUCAACUUUAGCCGUCAACAUAGAUCUAUAAUUAGGGCAUGCCUUGAAAAUUUGCAGGAAGAUAUUGUGAAGGCUAAAACUAAAUCUGAAAGAGAUGAGGUCCAAAAUCUCAUAACAAUAUUUUACUCUGUUGAGUGCAUAUGGCAUUUAUGUGAAAUUUUAUUUAUUGAUGCCACACCUGGAAAUGUGGUGCUGCCCCAUCUACUGGAUUGGGUUAGGUUUCAUUUUCCUAAAUAUGAGAGAAAUGCUGCCGAAAUGUUAUGUGAUGCAGGAAAUGCACUUGAAAUUAAAGCAGAAUUUUGGCCUACAGUAAUAGGUUCUCUUUUGCAAGGAAGAAAAAAAGUAGCAAGAGGACUUCUUAGGCAACAUUCUGCCGCAGAAAUAAAACCUUUCAUAAUGGCAGAUCAGUGUCUGAAAACCAUGCCGCUGUAUGAUGUAUAUAGUGGAUUCUCUGCUCAAGAAUUUCAUUUACAAAGAAAGCAUUGGGUUGUGCAUGUUCAGUCAAAAAUUCAGGCCAAAGUCUUCUCCAGUUACAAGAAUUUGGAGCUUAUCAUGAAGAGAAGCAGGAUUAUAAUAUGCCUGGCAAUCAUGACAUCAAGGGCGAAGUCUAGCAAGCUAUUCAACUCAACCCCACAAUGA